GAGUAGUUAUGAAUCAGAUAGUCGUGCAUGCGGAUUUGUGUCAAGGCUGCGGGGCAGUUAUGUUUAUGGAGAAAGGAAAAGGAAAGUAAACACAUGUUUAAUCUCAUCGAACAGAGCAGCGAUUCUCUUCGUACCUGGUAUUUGUGUUAACGCUGAGUUGGACAAGGAUGUACCCAACCUCCUGCGACACAUUUGUAGCCCUGCCUCCAUCUACAGAGGGUCAGCGGAUAGUCUUCGGGAAGAACUCGGACAGACCCUGCGAUGAAGUUCAAGAGGUGGUCUACUUCCCUGCCAAACUCCAUGAACCAGAAGAAAAAGUUGAGUGUACAUAUAUAGAGAUAGAGCAGGUGGCUCAGACAUAUGCAGUGGUUCUGAGUCGUCCCGCCUGGCUGUGGGGGGCAGAGAUGGGGGCAAACGAGCAUCAGGUAUGCAUCGGGAAUGAGGCGGUUUGGGGGAAAGAGAGUGUGGACGAUGAAGAAGCUCUCCUGGGCAUGGAUCUCGUCAGGCUGGCUCUGGAGAGGGCCGACACUGCUCAGCAGGCUGUAGACGUGAUAACAGGUCUACUGGAGAAACACGGCCAGGGAGGGAAUUGUAUGGAGGAUGAGUGUGGAUUCACCUACCAUAACAGCUUCCUCAUAUCAGACCGCACAGAGGCCUGGGUGCUGGAGACUGCUGGGAAAUACUGGGCAGCAGAGAGAGUGGAGGCCGGCUAUCGGAACAUCUCCAAUGAGUACUCCAUCACUACUAAAAUCGAUAGGGAGCACCAGGAGUUGAGGACGUAUGCAGAGAAGCAGGGCUGGUGGAAUGGAAAGGCUGAGUUCAACUUUGCUCAGGUUUACUCCUACUCCAAUACAGCCCGGAUCGAGGCCGCAGGAGGACGCUACUGUGAGGGCCGCAAACUUCUGCAGAAGAGCAAAGGCCACAUCACAGCAGAGACAAUGAUGGAGAUUUUGAGAAAUAAGGAAAGUGGAAUCAACAUGGAGGGAAUGUUCAUGACUACAGGAAGUAUGGUGUCUGUAGUCCCAAAAGACCAAAAUUUACCCGGCAUCCACUUCUUCACUGCUACUCCAGACCCUGACCGGUCUGUCUUCAAGCCGUUUAUUUUUGUAGUGGACAUAAAGCAGCUGAAGCAUACGUGUUCUCCGUGUUUUGGAGAGGAGGAUCCUGUGAAGAAGAAACCCCGUUUCCAGAGCAAGCCCAACCGCAAACACCCUCUGUUUCUGAAACACGAGGUGGCCGCCGCCAUCAUCGACAACACCGGGGAGAGAGGACAGAAGAUCGUAGAGAAAAUGAGAGCUCUGGAGAAGCAGAAGUUGGCAGAGAUGGAGGAAUAUCUAACUAAGGGGAUUGAAGAUGCAACGCUGCUGGUUCAUCUCUUCACAGACACUGUAGAUGAGGAGUUUAGUAUUUAUAGCAACGCCUGAGACUUAGUUUACAAUUAAAAAACAUGAGUAGAAUUAAUUUGAUUUUUGGGUGUUUCUUCAACAAUGGGCACUUUUGGACCUGUGGACCCUUAAUCACUUUGUCACUAGUUUCACUAACUUGCAGAUUGAUUGGAGUGGAGGCAUAAUAAAAAUAUUCAGGUCACAAGUGAUAUGAACAGAAUAUUCUGACACAUCAUAUGUCUCAAAAAUGUAAUUUCUAGCUCGGCACUGAAGCUAAUUGUAUUUUAUACUGAUACUAAACUAUAUAUGUAUAACAUAAGUCCCUUUUUUCUGAUAUAAUCAUAGUUUACCAUGUAAUUACUCAUGGUUUUAUAAUUGGAUUUUCAUUGUUUAAGUUUAUUCAGUCUGGUAACACUUUACAAUAAGGUCCCAUUAGUUAAUGCAUUAAUUAACAUUAACUAACAAUGAGCUAUACAUUUGUUACAGCAUUUAUUCAUCUUUGUUAACAUUAGGUAAUACAAAUACAACAGUUCAUUGUUAGUUCAGCUCAAGUUGUAAAUGUUAAAUUUAACAAACUAAAAUUGAUCAUGUAUUUUUCUUUGAUAGUUCAAGUUGGCAAAUGUAGUUAACCUAUGUUAACGAAUUGUAAAGUGUCACAAAAUAAAUCUUUUUUUAAAUUUUUUAUCUAAGACAAGUGUAAAACUAAAGUCUAUAUAUAAACAUCUUAAAAUUAACAAAUAUAAAUGAAGGCAUGGUUAAUAAAAUCCAAGACAGUUUUAAUGACCUUCAUACAGCUUCAUAUUUAAAAACCACUCAACCCCUCAGACAUAAAAGUUCCCAAAGUUGAAUAAACACCCUUAUACUGUUGCCAAGAGCUAGUUGGAGAUGUCAUUUGCACAAUCAUUUAGGCACUUACUGUAUGUUUGAAUAUAAUUUGAAAUUAUUGUACAGAAGGCAGUAAUAUAUUUGAACUUGUUAAUGGUUUAGUCACAUUGUUCUCAUUACUGAAAUGUUACUAAAGUUAAACUAAUGGUAUGUUUUUACCGUUUUAUAGUUUGUCAAGGAUCUCAAAUGUGACCCUGGACCACAAAACCAGUCUUAAGUCGCUGGGGUAUAUUUGAAGCAAUAGCCAAAAAUACAUUGUAUGGGUCAAAAUUAUCAAUUUUUCUUUUAUGCCAAAAAUUAUAAGGAUAUUAAGUAAAGAUCACGUUCCAUGAAGAUAUUUUGUAAAUUCCUUACCGUAAAUAUAUCAAAACUUAAUUUUUGAUUAGUAAAAUGCAUUGCUGAGAACUUCAUUUGGACAAAUUUAAAGGCAAUUUUCUCAAUAUUUUGAUAUUUUUGCACCCUAGAUUCCAGAUUUUCAAAUAGUUGUAUCUCAGCCAAAUAUUGUCCGAUCCAAACAAACCAUACAACAAUGGAAAGCUUGUUUAUUAAAGAAUUUACACUUAAGACAGGUUUUGUGGUCCAGGGUCACAAAUGGGAAGUUUAAAUUGUGUCUUUCAUGCCUCAUGUCCAUGUGUUAUGAAAUCCAGUGCCAAUUCCAGUCGUUUUAAUUAGAGUAUGUCUCUAUGAUGCACAGAUAUCCUAUGCACUCAAUAAACACUUAAAGCUAACUAAUUAAUCCCAAAAGGAUUCACUUUGAGAAAUGUUUGAUUGUGUGAACAUUACAACACUCAAUAAAGUCCACACCACAAACACAAUGAGCAAGUCUUUAUUAUUGUUUCAUGGAAUUCUGGUUUCAGUGACCAACGCAAUAUUGUUGUCACAGCUGAUAAAUAACAUCAGUCUUGAAAGUGUUCUUUCAAUAACAGCAGUGUUCUCUGUCACCUUCAUCUGUUGGACUUUUCUGUGUAAUCCAGAGAGAAACCAAAAAGUAUCUGGAGAGGAA